AUGAACGGCGUUGUUGAUGACUAUUUUCGGCCUUCUCCAUUGCCAACAAUAACUCUUCGUUCAUUCUAUAUAGAUUCAAAAAUUGAACUUGUUCAGUUAAAAGAUUUUAAUAAAUAUCGUGGUGAUCUUGAUACAAAAGCUGACCAACAUGGAAUUUAUUCUUAUUAUACUACGUAUCAAAAUCAUCAAAUUAUGUUUAAUGUAGCACCAAUGAUUCCCUCUGAUAAAAAUGAUCUUGAAUUUAUUCGAAGAAAAAGUUUAAUUGCUAAUUCAUUAAUAUAUAUUGUUUUUCAAGAUGGAAGUGAAAUUUCAUUUCAACCAGAUUCUUUUCUUGGAAAAGUAGUACAAGUCUAUAUUGUAGUGAAACCGAUUCAAAUUAAAUCUGACCUUUAUUACAAAAUUGAUAUUUGGCGUCGUUGUGACAUUGAACCAAUAGUUGAUCCACCUGGUGGUACCUUUAAACAUGAUGAAUUAUUUCGAGAUUAUUUUCUAACAUUAAUUUUGAAUACAACAAAUACUAUUUUAAAAAAAGAUUUUUUUCACCAACGUGUUAUUGAACAAAGAUAUCGUUUGAAGAAUGAAUAUCUUACAAAGCUUAAUCAAAAGUUUGGUUCUUAUUCUAAAGAUGAUUUAUCAAUGUUGGGUGCCAAUGAUGAUGAUAAUAAUGAAAUAUCUAUUGAAUAUUCAAACAUAAAAGAACAAACAAUGUCUAAACGUCUUCGUCUUCCCAUCAUAACGAAAAUAAUCGGAAAAUUAAGUAAUAAUAAUCGACCAAGAUCGUCUAUUUCAAAUAUAACAAAUAUGGAAAAACUUAAUGUACCAGACAGUGAAAUGUCGCCAUCAAUAACAAAACAAAAUCCUUGGACAUCGCACAAUGACAAAAAAAGACAUAUUUCAAUAACGAAAUCCAAUGUUUUACAUCCAUAUCCAUAUUCGACAAUUAGAGCCGAGUCUCCAUCAUCACUAUCCAAUCGUGUUAUUCAUCAACAAGAAGUAGAUCCAACGUCAAAAGAAUCAUCACCAGAAGAAAUUUCAUCAUUGGUUACAAAUAUAAUACAUUCUAUUGGAUCGAAUCCUGAAAUGUAA